AUGGAAUGGGCGAGAGUAGACCCAGAGCGGGCCCAGAAGGCUGUCGAUGCAGUACGCAGCGGUGAGAUGUCGUUUAGGGUUGCUGCGGACACCUACGGGUUGAACCCGACCUCGCUCCACCGCCGUGUGAAGAAGGAGGUGGCCAUAGAUGCGAGNUCGUUUAGGGUUGCUGCGGACACCUACGGGUUGAACCCGACCUCGCUCCACCGCCGUGUGAAGAAGGAGGCGGCCAUAUAUGCGAAGGUUGGUCCCGGGACUGUCCUGUGCAAGGAGGCGGGAGAUUUCGUAGAAGAUGUGUUGAUCCACGCCUCCCCACACUUCUUGCUGUUGGGUCGGAGGGAGCUGAAAGAAGCUGUGCGGAGGAUCUACAAAGACGGACGCAAGGUGCCCUGGGAUCCAGACAAGGGCCCGGGGGACAGCUGGCUUGAGGGAUUCAUGGCGAGGCACCCGGAGUUGUCGGAGCGAGCCACCCACAUCUACAAAGCAAACCGAAUCAACGAAGACGACGAGCCUCGCCUUGAAGCCUUUUACGAGACAUGGGAAGCGUACCUCGCGUAG